AUGAUCAUAAAGAUAGUUUCAACAGUGAAUGUUCCCGAUGCAGAGGUUAUUUCUGAUCUGCAGAGAACCUAUGUGAUAUGUCCGGAAAAGAAGUAUGUCUUGAAAUUUACCAGUGGAGAUGUUACGCUGAAGGCCUUCAAAGAGCUUUUUCUACUUGGAAAAGAGAUCUUGUUUUAUGUGGUGAAUUUUGAGUUUUUCUUCUACAAGAUGAGAAUGUUCAAGCACUACAGAUUUGAGUUUGUGAUGUGUUCGGAUGAAGAAAAGAGCGAAAGAAUCGAGAACUAUAAAGACAUAGAGAGGAGGCUGGCGGGAGAAUACAGCAACAGGGGUGUAGAGCUUUCAUUUAUGCCGGAUGUGUUUGCUUCUAUAAGAUCUUCCUUACUCAGCCCGGAGUUGUAUUUAUCCAAAGAAAAUCCAAGCACCAUCAUCUACAAACUGCUUACCAAGAAAUUCAACUAUGAAGAACUGAAAAGACUAGCUGCCGAUGCAAUAGGACGUGGGACAGAUACGGAGGAAGCUUUGAAUGAAGACUUCGAUAGACACUUGAAGAGCUUGGUGUUUGUAGGAGCUGUAAAGAUGAAAGAUGGAUUGUUUUACAGAUGGGACUACUAG